GUUCAAACUUUCGUAGAAAGUAAUAUUGCAUGCCUACGUAAACUCCAACCCUAAGUUUACUUGAAUUUGGUUUGAGUUCACUAUAAAUAAUAACAUGAGGGUUUUGCAUUAAAUUUCUCAUUGCCUUAGUGCCUUGUUCCUCCAGUUUGUUUGCUUCCCCAACUAUUCCACAUCUUGCCAAAGUAGACCUUAAAAUGCCAUCUGCAAGUCCUGAUCCAACUGAGGAAGAAAGGGAACAAUUUGCUGAAGUUGAUCCAUCCGGGAGGUUUGGCCGAUACGCCGAGCUGCUUGGCCAUGGCGCAGUGAAGAAAGUAUACAGGGCAUUUGAUAUACAAGAAGGCAGAGAUGUUGCCUGGAAUCAGAUCAAAUUGAGCAAAUUCAGCGACGCGCCUUACAUCAUCAGUAAAAUCCAUUCGGAGAUCGCGUUGUUGAAGAACUUGAAAAAUGACAACAUCAUAGUACUAUACCAUUUCUGGAAAGACAAGGAACAUAACAUCCUCAAUUUCAUCACUGAGGAAUGUGCCUCUGGUAAUUUGAGGGAUUAUAGGAAGAAGCAUCGUCACGUUUCCAUCAAGGCGCUGAAGAAGUGGUCUAGGCAGAUAUUACAGGGCCUGAAUUAUCUACACACUCAUGACCCUUGUGUCAUUCAUAGGGAUCUCAAUUGCAGCAACAUAUUUAUCAAUGGGAAUGUUGGGAAGGUAAAAAUCGGUGAUCUUGGGUUGGCCACAAUAGUAGGGAAAAGUCAUGCAGCACAUUCAUUACUAGGGACACCAGAGUACAUGGCACCAGAGCUGUAUGAAGAGAACUACACAGAGUUGGUAGAUAUUUACUCAUUCGGAAUGUGUUUGAUAGAAAUGACGACUAUGGAAAUACCAUAUAGUGAAUGUGACAGCAUAGCCAAGUUAUACAGGAAGGUGACAUCAGGAAUAAAGCCUCAAGCUUUCAACAAAGUGAAUGAUACAGAGUUGAAGGACUUCAUUGAAAGGUGCAUUGGACAACCAAGAGCAAGGCCAUCUGCUGCUGACUUGCUCAAGGAUCCUUUCCUUUCUGAUGUUGCUGACUAUGAGAAUGAUUUCAAUUGUUGAAGUAUGUACAGUUAUUAUUUGAAGUAUUAUUCUUUGUAGCUCAAGCUUAUUCAAGAAAUCAUUUCUUUAACGAUUUAUGUUAUAAUGCUACUACAUAUCCAAAGACUUUUACAUAAUUAGUGUAGUUAAACCUAUUAUAGCAGGU